UUCCUAUUGUUAAGGUAGGGCUGCCAAAGAGGCAAGGCUGCUCUGCUCUCUGUGUGUUGGAUGAGUGGGGUUUUCCCUCCUAUUCUUAUUUCUGUCGCAUUUUUUGGACAGACUGGGUUGAAUAAUUUAUUGUUGCUGGUGAGGAAGGAAGGAGCGGUAUGGCUGGAAAGAGGAGGUGACUACCGUCUCUAGAAAGAGGUGGCUACUGCCUUUUGGAUGCUUGUAUUUGUUUUUUCUCUUUGUCAUUGUCAGCAGUGUUGUCACUGGUCAUGCUAACAUCUUGGUAGGGGAUCGUGAAGAGUGGAGCCACCUCCCAACUGCUACUCUCCCCAGCUGGAGGAGCUUCUGACUGGGCUACAGAGCUUGAUCUGUGAUGUAAACCAUCUCAUCCUUCACUCCCCUGUUUCAAGCUACUGUGCAGGACAGAAAAGGCCGUUUCAUGAAUCAAUAUUCGCUAGUUGAAGCCAUGACAGACAACUUGAGAAUUGUGUAAUUCUCUCAAAGAAGGAGCCUCUCGUCUAGUAGAGCCGACUCGUUGAGGAGCCACAGAGGAAACUUCACGGUUCCGAAGCUGCUCCCGGAAUCCAACAUGGUGUUCGGAGUUCUAGGUGUGUUCUUGGGUCUACUCCUUGAGGUUUCUACACACGGACCCCACAGCAUUCCCCGGACCUCCUGGAAACACGAAGAGCUCAAGUUGGUGGAGUUUUCUGAGCCCGGCAUCUUUAACUAUUCCACUCUGUUGUUGAGUGAGGAUAAGGAUGUGCUGUACGUGGGAGCGAGGGAGGCCAUCUUUGAACUCCGCAUGACCAAUGUGUCAAUCAAGAACAACAAGGUUCAAUGGAAGGUCCCGGAAAACCACAUGACGAUGUGCAUCGUAAAAGGAAAAUCUAAAGAGACAGACUGUCUAAACUACAUCCGGGUGUUACAAGUGUUGGACGACAAGCGACUGUAUGUCUGUGGGACACAUGCCUUUCAGCCCGUCUGUCACUACCUAUCCCUAAAGGAUUUCAGUCUGGAGGGUCCAGCGGAGGACGGGAGAGGGAAAUGUUCCUUUGACCCAUCUCAGAGCUUCACAACGGUCAUGGUUGAUGGAGAACUUUACUCUGGAACGUCAUAUAACUUCUUAGGAAGUGAGCCGAUCAUCUCCAGAUAUUCUCUUUCACAGAGUCUGUUGAGGACAGAGUAUUCAACAUCUUGGCUGAACGAACCCAGUUUUGUUUUUGCUGAUGUCAUCAGAGAGGGGAAGAACAGUGCAGAUGGCGAGGACGAUAAGAUCUACUACUUCUUCACUGAGGUGUCUGUGGAGUAUGAGUUCUUUGGCAAGCUGCUCAUCCCCAGGAUAGCACGCGUCUGUAAGGGUGAUCUGGGGGGCCAACGGACGCUACAGAAGAAAUGGACCAGUUUCCUGAAGGCCAAGCUGGUGUGUUCCAUGCCAGAGCUCAACUUCGUGUUCAACGUGGUUAAUGACGUGUUCAUACUGAAGACUGCUGACUGGAGAGAGACUGUCAUCUACGGAGUGUUCACAUCCCAGUGGGGAAACGUAGGCCUGUCUGCAGUGUGUGCCUACGACAUGAUGUCAGUAGAAAAUGUGUUCUCCAAGGGGAAAUACAUGCAGAAAGCCACAGUGGAACAGUCUCACACCAAGUGGGUGAGGUACAACGGGAUCACCCCCACCCCUCGCCCGGGAGCUUGCAUCAACAACCACCACCGUCUCCAGAACAUCAGCAGCUCUCUCCACCUGCCGGACAAGACCCUGCAGUUUGUUAAGGACCAUCCCUUACUGGAAGACCCUGUCCUUCCCAUCGGCAACGGGCCCAAACUCAUCACCAAGGACGUCAGCUACACCCAGAUUGCUGUGGAGAGGGUGCAGGCGCUGGACAACAACGUAUAUGACGUCAUAUUUACUGGGACCGAUAAAGGACUUCUGCAUAAAUCCGUGGUGUAUGACGGGCUGGUCCAUACAGUGGAAGAGAUCCAGCUUCUCCACAAAUCUGAGCCUAUCAAGACCUUGCUUCUGUCAUCACAAGGGACGAGGUCCCUGUACGCUGGCUCGGACUCGGGCGUGGUGCAGUCUCCUACUGCGUUCUGUGACAAGUACCCAUCCUGUUCAGACUGUAUCUUGACCCGGGACCCUUACUGUGCCUGGGACCCAGACUCUUCCACCUGUGUCAACAUCUUCCACACCCAGGGCCUCACACACCGGAACUUGAUCCAGAGCCUUAACGGUGAUGCAGACAAGUGUCCCUCAGUGCCAGGGCUCUCCGUGGAGAACUACCAGCGGGUGACAGUUAAACCAGGGAGCUCGGCUGAGCUGCCAUGCCUGGUUCAGUCCAACCUGGCCGUGGUGGUCUGGAAGCAGAACAGCAGCACCAUGACCGAGGCCUCCAAGUUCCACCUGAUGGGUGAGACUGGUCUGCUCAUUUACAGCGUGGCCCCAGAGGACCACGGCCUGUACGAGUGCUGGUCACUGGAGUGGGCCCCUGUUGCAGGGAAGAACUUCAGCCGCCUCCUGGCUGGGUAUGUCCUAGACCUGGAUGUCCCCAGGAGGCCUUCACCACGAGGCCACCCCCCUCAGACCGCCAGCACCCUCAGCUCCGCUCACCCCCACCACCAGUCCACCGCUGCCACUGAAGGUAAUAACGGUAACACCGUGAGACCCCUCCCACUAACUUCAGCCCCUCCCAGCUCCACCGCCCUCACCUCACCACCACCCACUCACAGCGCCUCGUCAUCACUAACCACGCCCCCCAGCAGCAGCAACACCGCCAGGCUCCAGCCCAAGCUCCUUCCCCCCAGCUCCAGCGCCCUCCCGCUCCCAGAGACCCGGGACCCUGCGACAGAGUACCUCCAACACGACAACAGCAGUACUUUCCUCUUCCUCUUCCUCCUGUUCUUCCUCCUCUUCCUGGCUGCCCUGGUCUACAACUGUUACAUGCAGUACCUACCGGGCCGUGUUCGUCUUCGUGCGGCUCUGCUGGGAAGCCAGAAGAAGCCCCAACCUGAGUAUUUAGCCUGCGAGGCCGGCCUAAUGGAGCCCGUCACAGUAGACAAGCUGGACGUAAAGGAUCAGAUCCGCCUGACUCAGAACGGGGUACAGCUCCGAGCCCUGAGGGACACCGGCUAUGAGACCGAGCCAGAGUGUAGCAACGGCAAGGUCCCCUCUCGCAGCUACGGGGGAGAAGACAGUCCUUCUAAAGAGAAGCCCUUUGACGUGGACUGUGACUCUCAGCCUAUUGAAUAUGCAGACGCAGAUCAAGAAGCAUCACCGUACUAAAAGAUGCACAUCUCAGCUUCUCUUUUUACUAGUGCAAGAAAUAUUAAGGCUUGUUAUUUAUAGGGGUCUUCUCCCUCGCUGGCUCUCUCCACAUAGUGGGCCUAUACAUACAAACCUGUGUGUUGUACAUAAGCUCAGUGCCCACCUCUCUUUCAAAAGGACAGACUGAGGCAGAUUACUUCAGUUAUUAGGAGGUCAAGUCACACAUCCCGCUUGCCUUCAGAGAUUCUCUUACUCACUCUGGCUACCCCAAGACCAAUCAAAUGUAGGGCCUACUAACUAAAUAUUAAAAUCAUAGCCUAAUCUCUGUGCAAACCUGUAACCAUCUCGCUCUGCAUUUUUCCAGCAAGAAACGCUGAUUUUUAUUCCAAAUUGGAAACAUUAUUUACCAAAUUGGUAAGUUAACUUGUUUUCCAAAUUGGAGCCUUUUUUAGUUAUUUUUUUGUACAAUGCUGGGAGCUUCUUCUAAGGCUGUUAAAACAUAACAUGGGAACUUCUUCUUCUAAGGUUGUUAAAACAUAACAUGGGAGCUUCUUCUUCUAAGGUUGUUAAAACAUAACUUGGGAACUUCUUCUUCUAAGGUUGUUAAAACAUAACUUGGGAACUUCUUCUUCUAAGGCUGUUAAAACAUAACAUGGGAACUUCUUCUUCUAAGGCUGUUAAAACAUAACAUGGGAACUUCUUCUUCUAAGGUUGUUAAAACAUAACUUGGGAACUUCUUCUUCUAAGGUUGUUAAAACAUAACUUGGGAACUUCUUCUUCUAAGGUUGUUAAAACAUAACUUGGGAACUUCUUCUUCUAAGGUUGUUAAAACAUAACUUGGGAACUUCUUCUAAGGUUGUUAAAACAUAACUUGUUUGUUGUAUUUUUCUGAAUAUUCAGUGAAUAAGGCUAUUUGACGUAGGUCAGCUGCUUUCCAUCUCAACUUAUAGGACGAUCUCCUCUAGAACCAUCUUCUCUAGAACCUCUAGGAUGAUCUCCUCUAGAACCUAUAGUACCAUCUCCUCUAGAACGAUCUCUAGAACCUAUAGUACCAUCUCCUCUAGGAUCUCCUCUCGGACAAUCUCCUCUAGAACCUCUAGGACGAUCUGUAAAUUCUCAGGGACGGUUUGUUAGUUCGCUCUAUGCCUUGUUCUCUGGUGGUGGUUAGAAAAAGCUAUGUCGAUAAACAGACAACCACUGGUGGCCAGUGACUGACUGACGGAAAAGAUGUGGUAUGACUGAUAUGAGAUCUAUAGAUAUUUAUACAACGGGUGGGUCUAAUCCUGGACGCUGAUUGAUUAAAACUGCAUUCCAACCGGGGUCUAUUCCACAAGUUACCACCGGCUAAAGCUAUAACGUUGAAUUGCCUAUUUACUCUGUUCAAUCCACUAUUUCAUCAGCCCAGCCACUAUAAAGAGCAUCUCGACAUAAUCUACCAUUUCUUUAAGACUAGCAAUUGGUUUUCAGUAGUCUGUCUCUGACAUUUGCAGCACUGUUUCAGUAUUGAAAUUCGAUCUUCAGCUGUCCCAUAGGAAUGAAUGUGUCGGGAUGAGACAGGCAGGCAGCUUUUCUCAGCCAGUCAAAAUCAUGAAUCGGCGUCAUUUUUAUGGAUUGUAUACAAAGAAAUGUAAAUAGAAAACAAAACUAAAUGAAGUGCAGCUAAUUUGCAGUCUUUCCAACAUCAGUUUGAAGUGAUUGUGUAAGCUGUGUUGUUGACUAGGCUCCUCUGUGUCCUGACGAGAGCACAUUUCUAUGCCAGGUGAAAUCGUGCCUCAUUAGCUCAUUUUUAUGGAUGUAUCCGGAUGUAUACAAAUAAAUGUCACUAGAAAACGGCUUAAGCAAAUGCAGCUACUUUGUUGUUAUUCUGGCUGCACUCUUUGACGUGACUAAGUUAGCCAGCCAGCUAGCAAGCUGGGUCGCGUCUCUGGCAACCGAACCAAUGGAACAAACGACCAGCCGGCUUGGAUAGCAACCCUAGAUUUGUGUCGGGACUAUAUUUUGUGGAAGGAUGAAAUGGUAUGAAUAAAUUCAUCAAAAUAAUGUUUUUAAUUAAAAUAUGUCAAUCGUUAUUUGAAUGUGUUGGUAACCCGUUGUAUAAAAGUGAUAAUGCCCUCAAGCCGGGGUUCGGAGGAUAUAUUGGCAGUUUUCGACUUCGUCUCGGGCCUAACAACACCCGUGCCAAUAUAUCCUCCGAACACCAGUUUGAGGGCAUUAUCACUUAAAUCUAGUCUCAUUCCUUUACAUGUUUGACAAGGACGAUUUUAAAGAUUAAGCCUAUGAGGCAUCAUCAGCUGUUUUUAUGAAAGGAGGACUUGGUUUUGGUAAUCAUCCCGUUUUAUGAAAAGAGGACUUGGUUUUGGAAAAAAUCCCGUUUUAUGAAAAGAGGACUUGGUUUUGGUAAUCAUCAGCUGUUAUGAAAAGAGGACUUGGUUUUGGUAAAAAUCCCGUUUUAUGAAAAGAGGACUUGGUUUUGGUAAUCACCUGUCAUGAAAAGAGGACUUGGUUUUGGUAAUCACCUGUCAUGAAAGGAGGACGUGGUUUUGGUAAUCACCUGUCAUGAAAGGAGGACGUAGUUUUGGUAAUCCUGUUUUAAUACGGCGACAGAAGAAAGCAAAAUGCUGAAAUGAGUGAACGUGACUCACUAGAUGACGACGACGGGAAAUGCUGGACACUCAAACCACUGCUGUCUGAAGAGCACAGACUUCUCCAGAGCUACACGGCUCUAUUCUAACUCUGUCUCUCGUCAUCUCCUGUGAAUCCACAAUUCCAAUGGUACGAAGACACGUGAACUAUGGGGUCAUAGUUACUAGACAUGAGCUUCCUCCAUAUUAACCUGUGUUGGUUAGUUUUCCC